CACUUCUUCACUUUCUCGCCAUCAUUAUGAAACAACCCUUGGUGAGUUGAGAGCGGAUUCUCUUUCAGGUAGUCUCCAUGACUACUGAGAUUAGAGGCUCCACAGUCCCCUAGAGCCCGAAGCUCGUCUAUCUAAUGUUGUUCUCUGUAACUUCAAAUGGGAGCGGGAAUGAGACUUCAACCAAUCAUCAAAUAGAUCGAAGACUCGUUUACAUCCUCACCUUAGGAUUAUCUCUUUGUGUCUUUUGAACUCUCUUCACAACCAGCGCUAGUUCGAGACCGCGCUAGUGGCUGUCAUCACUCUCUCUGUCCACCACUCGCUCAACUUGAACAUUUAAGCUGGCUGGGGGAUCUUCCUUGUCAAUCUCUUUCCUUCCCUCUUCAACAUUCUUUUCUUCGACUCUCAUUGCGUCUGGUUCAACUUGCAGCUUGUACCCACUCGCAGUCUUACCAAUCUGAUCACCAGUCAAGUCUUCAAGGCUUCAGGUUUCCACACCUGACUUGCAAACUUGGACCCUUGGUAGACCCAACUUCACCUUUGUACAGCACAACUAGAUCGAUUGACGACUUUACCUUUUUCAAAAUGACUACGACACGCCGAUCUGGAACAUCCUCAGAACCACGAACCCCACCGCCCAAGUUGAAGAUAGCUACCGGAAAAGGAUCGCCCCAAAUGAACAAGAGCCCAAAGAGACCUUCGUUCAUGUAAGUCAUGAUCUGUUGUGAUUAAUCGUCACCAUUAUAACUCAUUGAACUAGGAACUCCAAUGACAUCGUCAAUGUAAUUAUCGUCGAAGAAGGCAAAAACACCCUUUUAAGUGUCCACAAGAGCUACCUCACCGCAUAUUCGAAAUUCUUCCAAGCUGCUUUCAAUGGCCUUUGGGCCGAAUCUGCAUCCAAAAAGAUCGAGAUCAAAGAUGUCACCCCAGUUGUCUUUGAGAUAUUGAUCGCUUGGCUUUAUACGCAGAAGCUUGCCAAUUCAACAGGAAACACCCCAAUAAUUCAGCAACUAAUGGAGCUUUGGUUGCUGGGAGAUCGAUUCCAAAUUCCUCGUCUCCAAAAUGAGACUAUCGAGGCCUUAAACAGACAAGCCACUGAGCUCACACGAUCUCAUAGUAUUUCGUUUCACCAUGUUUACGAAAACACUAUGGAGGAAAGUCCUCUCCGGCUUUUUCUCGCCGCCUUGCCAGCACAAGGUUUCUUGAAGGAAGCAAAGACGAUUCCAGUCCCAGAAAACCACCCUCACGAGAUGUUGAUCGACAUGGUCAACUGGGCUGCUAAACACCACAAAAAGUUGGUCAAAUUCAGCCAAGCUGAUUUGGUCCAGUACUUUGUUGCUGAAAACGAAGUAAUUCAAUUUCCCAUCAUUCAACUAGGGGAUCCGCUAACUUCUGAUUAGCCAACCUCGUCUCUUCGAUCUAUCGGCGGCUCUCCAAUUUCCCCAGUUUAGCCAGGAUCACCUUCAAGUGACAGCACCCUGACGAGUUUGGCGAGUUCUUCAAGUUUUAUCGACUUCUGAGCAAGUUCGAUCAAAACAGAACUGAUUUGUUUGUGUUGCCAGUUACUCACAAAGUGGGCCUAUGUGUUUCGAGAUAUUUGAGUGGAAUGGUUUUCAGUGUUUGCUAUCUGUUUUCCAAUCCAUUCCAAGGCUUCAUGUUCACCUUGAAUAGGUCUUCAAUUCACUUUCAUGUUGCAUGAAGGUGAGGAGUGAGAUCGUUAGCAGGGGAAUCUUCAAUGUUUUCUUUGUCAUUGUUGCUUUACGAACGCAAAGGAAUCAAUAUGUACUGGAACGAGAUUUCGUGGAAGACAGUAUGCUCUGGUAGUAUGUCUGGAUUUUCAUGUGCGGGAAAAUGUUUCACACUGGAGCUUCCUUACGAUGAUGAGCUGUUCUCAGACUCAUAUUCUUUCAAUCUCUUCAAGAAUUCCUGCAGAGCUCUUGGGCAAUGCUAAUUUUCAAGAAGAGUUACAAGGAAUGGCAAAUCGGUCUCAUUUAUGGAAAUGGGCAAUCAAUGUAUAUACAUCGUGGUUUUAAGGCUAAGGAAUAGCCGGGAAAUAAUCCAGAUUUUUAAAAUG